CUUCUCCCCACGUCAAUAGCUGAAGCAAGUCAUCAUGGACACCCUGCGCCUAACUCACGCCUCUUAACUUAAAAUCAUGCAGUCUUACUUGCAACGCUUUGCUGGAUCGAAGCGAUCCUGGCUGCCCGAACCUGACCCGGAUGACAUCGAGCUCUCUGCGAAACGACGCCGUAAUGAUGAACGACAUAGGUCGAGAUGGACUUCAAUCAUUGAUAGAUAUUCAAAAGACUUUUCAAAUGUUGGAGAUGAGAUUGACCUGCGCACUGGAGAAAUCGUUGUCGACAAUGGUCAUGUUGCUCGCAUGCGCGACGAGUUCGAUAAUGGAGACGCAUCUGCAACGUCGCCGAGAUCUAUGCCAGAUGUUCUUGGGCACAUUGUAGCAGACUAUGAUGGGGGCUUGGGGGAAUAUGAAAAUGACGUUGAGAACUCAGAAGACGACUCAAUUCCGGAAAGUAAACGCGAAAGUAGUGGAGACGACGAGGAGGACCUUGAAGAGGAUGAGUUGAAUUUGGACUGGCCAGCACCUAGUUCUCCAUGGCAAAGACACAAAUCAUCAAAGGUCGGCGUUAAAGAUCAAUCUUCUACUACGGAAAAUAAUUCUGUGGCUGCAGGCGAAUUCAUUGAAAAUGAAUCUCCAACACAAACAAGAGAGCUCGCUCACUCCAUUGAGCGCAAGGAAACUGGAACUUUCCAGCAAACGCCUCUUCCCUUGCCUCAGUUCGAGGUACCACAACUUGGAUUGGGUGAAAAGUUGGAAACAGCAAUGCAAGCAAUGACCACGGCGAUGGGUGCUGCAAUUCAGACACAGUUGAUGGCUUUCAUGAACAUCAUGCUAGCUACGCGACAAAAUUCGACCGAUUCGCCGAGUAUCUCUACACCAGAAUCUCCUGUGCUCUCGUCUACUGUUCGAUCAACUCCAACAUGCCUACCACAACAGCACAAAGAGAUUCAAAGUAGAACACCAUUACAUAUGUUACAAAGCACCUCCGCAACGAGAACUAUGAAUUCGCAAGAUAGGCCUGUUGUUUCUCCACAAAUAUCAUCUGGUCGUGUGAGAGAAGUAACAUCCAGAGGCGACGUUAUCAGAGAACAAACGCCAGGCUUUGGAUCCCUAUGGUCGGUGCCAGUAAAGAGGAAACCUGGUCGGCCGAAACAGCAAUCCUCUUCAAAAUCAUGUCCAAGAACUAGCGGAAUAGCAGUGGCACCAAAACGACUGGAAAAGCAAGAAUGUGUUUCUCCUCGGCUGGCGGUCAGUGAAAAGAAAAGAUAUCCUAGAGACGAACGUCCUUCAGCAGAAUUUGAUUCGCAAGGCUUCACAUCCUCUCCAACCCUUGGUCGCCAUGAGCGCGAAAUCACGAUUUCUACUCCACGUGACAACACAUGCGAACCUAACUACAGUCAUAAAUCGUUCAACAAGACUACAUCAGGAGUACCAAGGAUGACGUAUGAAGCUGUGAAAACUCACAAAGUGAAAGACAAAACUAGUCAGAAUUAUCACCAAAAAAGCAUGUCCUUCGUUGUCGACUCUGAUGAAGACGAGAUCGGUAUGACCACUGGAUCGAGUUCCGCGAGGCAAAGGGGAGAUUCCAGCUCAUCUCAAACCCCUAAAGUUACAGAUCAGGAUGCAACGACUAUUGCGUAUGAACAACAUUCGCAAGAAUAUUCAUCACUCUCAAGAGCCGGAUUGCGCAACCGUGAUAAUAAUAUUAACUAUAACGAAAAGGCCGUCUUCUCCGAUAUUUUUGGUAAUGUGGGGUUAGAUGACAACAACUAUUCCACAACCUCAAAUCAGCUGAGACAUUAUGGCAAGCAGCCUAAGCUGAGCCAGGCAAGCGAUCCUGAAAAUGAAUUCCAAGGCAACGACAUCAAUCAGGAUAUGACAUCUGGCCUUUGGCAAAUGGAUCCCAACGCACUCAAAGGCCCUUUGGUGAUUUACGAUGUUCCUACUUCACACGAACCAAGUAAGCAAGCAGCGAACGUUGCUGUUUCAAGAAGCCAUCCUAAGCAUCAUGCCGGCGAUGCGGUCUCAAACACUGCCCGCACUAGUGCGACGGUCACGAAUUAUGAAGAACUAGAAGCUAGAUACGCAGCGUUUACCACUCGCAAUAAGAGGGAAGAGAUCAAGUACGAAGAGCGACCCCCACCCCACCCUUGUGCUCACUGCAAAACCACUGCGGCCACAAGUUGGUUACACAAUCCGGAUGGUGGGCUCCGUCGCAUCUGCAAUGCAUGUUUCUCUUAUUGGAAGAAGCAUGGCGGUCAGAAACGCCCCGUUUCACUUGAGGAACCCCGAAGUUUAAAGGGCAAGCUACCAUGUGCCAAUUGUGGUCAAAUCGCAGCUUCAGAUUGGAAGUUUGAGAUUGAUGGUAAACGAAUCUGCAAGCCUUGUGGUCGAUACGCAAAGCUGCAUAAUGGAGCCAGGAGGCCGGUUCCCCAUCCGAAGAUGUACGAGUGCGAGCGCUGUCACAACCAGGUCAUCAAGGUGUGGAUGCUCUCUAAUCGGGCUAAAAUCUGCAUCGACUGCCACAAUGAGAUCUUUGCAGACUACGAACCGGACUAGGACAAGUCAGAUUCUAGUGUGCUGCUUGACUCCAGCGAGGGCUUUUUCUAUCAAGGUAUGUUGAUAUAUGCGUACAAGUUUCUCCCCACAGCUGCGAUCUGUAAAAGAUCUUCUAAGAGUUUGCAUAAUGCAUCCGGUAUGCCAUAUAAGGUAUGCCAUUGCAUGACAGCGCCGGCCUGGCGGCUGGGUCUCGAUGGGGCACUGAUUUGCGAGUUCUGCUAUGUCCAUGUCAAGAAGAUGAUCAAGGAGCAUGAUUUGCAAGAUCAAUUCGCGGCGGCCCAGGUUCUUUCCAUACGUGUUGCAAAAACGUCUGGUUUCGGUUGCAACAAAUGCCAGAGUGUAAUCGUGGGUACAAAAUGGCGCGGUGAUGUUGAGCGUGGUGUCAUCUUGUGCACUCCAUACUCGGCCAGACUAACGGGGUGCGUCGCCGAUGUCAUCUCUAGGAAUCUGAAAUGGAAAUGCCAGAGCCAUUUGCAUCUGAAGUGCUUGAAUUUAAUGACGGAGACAAUGUCAAAAGUUGAAAAGGCACCAGUGUGUAAUCGAAAUCCUGCUAUGAUUGCUCUCAACAAGGGGGAGUGGUCAAUCAUGGGAAACGGCGAAGUAAUCGAUAACGAGGCGAUGGUUCAGAAAAGACGAGAUAUAGGGAUAGAAAAAGUACAUGUCGAUGCAAAGUGAUAGACAAUCAUUGGCCGGCAUUGAGAACCUCCGCAAGGGACGUAUCUGUACAGCCUCCAACAACCCCGGUUUUUGCCCAAAAUUUGCUGAGGUGACGGGUUCCUGAAUCGCAAAGUAUGGUAACUAUCCUGUGGCCUUUGCCUAUUUGUAAAGCAUACUUUGUCGCGGCAACGCCUAAGAAUGAAGUGGUUAGCUCUUGAAUAGCAAGUUGCGGAGUCAAAAGCAAAUCAAUCAUACUCACAAUUAACAGCGCUCGAGCUCCC